AGGAAAACCAACAAAAGAAUUCCCUGAUCCUGAACUCGACCUGGGGUAUGUGUCAAACCCCAAAUCAUCAAAAAGGAAAGCGCCUACCCCAAGAGCAGAGCUUCCGUCGAAGCGAAGGCGGACUAAAGUUGAAGGUCUUGACGGAACGAGAUGUUCAGAAACAUUGGUCGAUGAGUCCGUUUCAAGUGCAUUACAUUCCACAGCAAUAUUCUCGAGCUCCUCGCGACAGUCAGGUAGAACCCAACACAUAAUAGAUGACCAUUUUUAUUGCUAUGCAUGGGAUGAGAUGGAGGAAAAAGGCUUUUGUGAUACCGAAAAAUGCCUUUCGAUACGCAAGGAAAAAGACAGGGAAAUUUUGCAAUUGAGAGAGACAGUCGAAAUAUUGUCCAAAGAAGAUUGGGCGCAAACACAAAAAUUAGGACACGAAAAGAUCAGGACGAAUGCUCAUCUCGCAGCAUCAAGAAGCAGCAGGAGGAAGGAAAGGAUCUGCCAAGAAAGCAACAUUAGAAGCAGCCCAAGCCUUAGUAUCUUUAAAUACACUAGAACUAGAAUGCCUAUCAACUUCGCCAGGAAGUUUUCACAAGCUACCAUUAAAUGAUCCGGGACGAUGCAAGUUAUGGCUUCGUGCUUUGGACCCAAACACUUCAAAGGAGACACUCCGGCGUCGUUGUAUACUGGUAGGCAGCGACCAUUUCUCACCCAAUGACUUGAUCCACCACGAAGGUUGUACCCAUCCGACGCCUGCUGCCGUCCCAUCCGCUGCCCACGCCGCGGGGCAGACUGCUGGAAGCGCCAACGUGUCUGCGGUAACGGAAAGCGCUACAACUCAGCCAAUCAAGUCGUCUCCUUCACCGCCUUUGGUCAAGGUGAAGGAUGAGCCUAUAGAUGACGAGUAUGAUCAAGCUCUGAUAUCUUCUACAGCUACAGCAAACGUGAAGGAUGAGCCCAAUACUGCACAGAUCAGUAUUCAGACGGAUACGGUGAAAGUUCAUUCUCCUUCUGGCCCAAAAAUCCUGAAGAACAAGGCGGUGCUCUGCAGACCGCUGGUGCAGAACAAAGGGGUUUCCUGCAGAACGCAGACAGUCGAUGUCGAAUCACAGACAGACGACAUCUUUCCUAAAAUCAUGAUCGUUCCUGUCCCAGUGCCGGUGUAUGUUCCUGUACCCAUGAACUUGUACAGCCAGUAUACCCCCAAACCUGUGGGCCUGCCAUUACCGGUGCCUGUACCCAUGUUCCUUCCUGUGACAAUGGACAGCGCUGAACGCAUCUUGGAAACCAUCCAGGAGAUCAAGCAAAAGAUCCCUUCUGACCCCUUUGAGGCAGAGCUCAUCCUCAUGGCAGAGAUGGUCGCAGAACAACAUGAGAAUAAUGACAAAGAGGAGAGACCAAAGGAGAAAGUGGAAAGAGAGAGAGCGAGACAAGAAGCAGCAGCUCCAGUAGACCACGGCAGUAACUACAGUGUCGACUUGGACACCGAGGACUUGGCCAGUUUCCUCAACAACUGGGAGGACGUCUCUGAUGCAGGUUUCAGGUCUCCCAGUCGAGACCCGAUUUUAGACAUUCCUGCAGGCCUGACUAAUGAGCCUUACUCUGAGCCCCAACUUCCCAUGGACCUCGAAGCGGACGUCACUGUCGAAACUCUGGAGAGGAUGGCCCGGUUGAGAGAGCGGUCUAUGCGAUCCCCGAGCCCUCCACCUGCUGCUUCACGGCGACGACAAGCUCACAGGAAAUCCAGAGAAAAGAAGGGUCGUAAGUCCCAACGGUCGUCGUCUAAGACAGUUGAAGCGUCGACGACGCACAAGGACGUGGCUGUAGAGGUCCCAAAACUGAAGAGUCAAUAUGGAGUUGACGCCUGGAAGCGAUGGAUCCAGUGGAGGCAAACUCAACCCAACCUGGAGAAACCACGCUUCGGUUCUCGUCCCAUAGAGUUGAAGGAGGAUGUUCUUAGCUGCACUACUGCGGAGCUGAGCUACGGACUUUGUUCUUUCAUUGCUGAGGUGAAACGACCCAAUAGAGAGCCGUACUCCCCCGACACCCUCUUCUACCUCUGCCUCGGCAUUCAACAGCAUCUGUUUGAGAACGGUCGUGUAGAGAACAUAUUCAUGGAUCGGUUCUACAGCAAGUUCUCCACUGAGUUCACUAAUAAUCUGAGAGAUUUCAAACCCUCAAUCACAGCAGCUGGUUAUAUUCACUCCCGUGUGGAGGAGGAGUUUCUGUGGGACUGUAAACAGUUGGGGGCGUACUCCCCCAUCGUCCUCCUCAACACUCUGCUCUUCUUCUGCUGCAAGUACUUUGGCUUCACCACGGUGGAGCAGCACCGCCAGCUGUCCUUCGCUCACGUCAUGCGCUGCACCAAAACCAACCAGAACAACACCAAGACCACCUUCCUGCGCUUCUACCCCCCAAUAUCCAUAAACGAGGCAGAGCCAGAUCCAGAGGUUCCUGCGAAGAGGCGUAAGGAGGAGGAGAGUAAAGAGGAUAUCCUGGAGAUGAUGGAGAACACAGAGAACCCCCUCCGCUGUCCAGUCAGACUCUACGAGUUCUAUCUCUCCAAGUGCUCGGAGUCCGUCAAGCAGCGCACCAACCUGUUUUACCUUCACCCAGAGCGCUGCUGCGUCCCCAACAGCCCCCUGUGGUUCUCCUCCGCCCUUCUGGACGACAGCACCAUGGAGAGCAUGCUCAUCCGCAUCCUCACUGUCAGAGAGCUGCAUCUCGGGGCGAAGAAAGAUGGAGGGAUAGAGCAGAAGAAACUCGAUGAUCCAUCAUUUAUACCUGCCGAAGAGGAAGAUGAAGAUGGGGAUUCAGAGUCAUGAAGAGCAGAAGUGACCUUAAUUUGGUGCAGCAGCUUGUGGUGUAAAUGUUUGUAGAUAAACUGAAAUGUUCAUUUAAACAUGGCCCAAUAUACAGAAAGAGACAGAAUAAAUCUCUCACAUGCAUAACUACAAUGUGCAGAACUGUAAAGAAAGUCAUACUUCCUAAACCACAUGUUGUGUGGUUGGGACUUUGGAUCUGAGAUGCAAGACUCGGCUCAGAAUCCAGACUAACUACUGCUCAGCAGGACACGUAGCUGUCUUUCUGUGUUUUGUUUGCUGAAUGGUUGCUUCUCCUGGAUAAUGCUACUUGUUUUGUCCUUGUUUGAAAGCUAUAAUGAAAAACUAUUUAGAUUUCUGUCCAGAAGACAAAGUGAAAACAGCUUUCUGUGAUGUAGAAGUAAAUUGUCGACCAUCAGGUUGUAAGACAAACCUGCCAUAUAGUUUGAUUUCUUAACAAUGCAUCAAUGCCAUGAUUUAACCUUUUGUUAACUGAAUGCACUGAAAUGAAUAGUUUUGAGUGUUGGCAUCGUUUUGGACAUGCUGUUUUUUUGAAGCAUCAAGUGUCCUCUGAUACAUUGACUUUGCAUAACCAUGUUAUCUCAAAAAUACAAUGCAAAUAUACUGUCUCUUCAUGUAUAUCUUGGUUAUAUUAACCCCCAUUCCUUAAAGUAUGGCUGCCAAUGAAUAUUUUCUAUUGUAUGUUUUUGCAAUAAAACCAUUUCAAAACGUA